AUGCAGAAAAAUUCAACAACUACUUCAGAUAAAAACCAUAUGUUAAAUAAAACUCAAGCCAAUAUUAAUGAAUCAAUGUCAGAUAACUCUAGCAAUAACAAUUCCAUCCACUCCACUAUUCCUCAGCCACCAAAAAACAAUCCAAAAAUCCCACCUAUCAUUCUUAAAGGCUCAGCUUGGAGAAAAGUGGCGGGAAAACUUAUGAUUAUCAUACCAGAAGACUCAAUAGAAGCUAAAGCAUUUGGUCCAGACUCCAUAAAACUUCAAUGCUACGAAUUGCGAAGGAGACCACAUAGCAAACUACAAAAAAUGUCCAGCUAUCACCCAAGAAACCGAAAAGAGACGUCCUCUCAAACCAAAGAUCCAAGAAUAGUCCUCGGAAGGGAAGCAGUCAACAAAAAUGCAAACAAACCAGGUAAACUCAGCUACUCCUUCCUUCACUCAACCAAAAAUCAGCUACGCUGA